CGACGGCGAGAUUUUCCUCCGGUCGGUGCUACCAGCCUUCUCCGCGAUCGGCUAUGACGAGGAGAAGGAUCUGCCGGAGCUGUGGAAAUUACUCUCUGCGGUGCUGCGGUGCGGGAACGUGAAAUUUCACGACGACGACACUGACAGUGAUUCCCCGCCAAUUUGCGACAACGAGAGGGACUUGGAGGACAUUUGCGAGUUGCUGGGGAUUGACAAGGUAUUGUGCAGUUUUUUUUUGUCUGGUGCGGUGUGCAGCUGCAUCACAAAGUCAGUCUAAUCCUCCCUGCGAAGUGCAAAACUCUCAUCUUGUGCACUUAGCAUGAAAAAUUCAUUAUAGGGUUCUCAUUCUGAAUGAUCUUCCCACUGCUUGCUCGCAGGGCCUGGCGGUAAAAGCGAUCUCUUUGAAGAUGCGGAAGAUGCCGACGGGCUCCGUCACCUACACGCCGCGGACCCAGGAGUCCGCAAAAGACAUGAUUCUCUCUGUCGCGAGGGGGGUGUACGAACAGCUGUUCAAACAUUUGAUCUACAAGUUGAACGAGAAGAUCCAGCCGGACGCGAAGACGAAGGAAGUGAAGAAGUGGGUGGGCAUUCUGGACAUUUUUGGCUUCGAAUACUUCCAACAAAACUCGCUGGAGCAGUUUUUCAUCAACUUUGCAAACGAAAGGCUGCAGCAAUUCUUCUUGAAACACGUUUUUGAGGAGGAAAUUGCGCUGUUGAAACGGGAAAACUGCCCGAUCGUGUUUGAUCAAGGCGGCGAAGACGGAAAUAAAACGCAGUCCUUGUACAAAGACAACACUGGGAUCAUCAAACUGAUGGAUAACCCGAAGGAGAAGAAAAAUCCGGGCAUUUUACAGUUUCUGGAGGAGCAGUGCCUGCUGUCGAAAGGGUCUGACGAAGCUUUUUGCAACAAAGUGAACAAGACGUUUUCAUCUGGCGGAGGAGGUGGGAGUAAUGCUGGUGGUGCAGCUGCACCGCCGUCGGAAGUGUACUUGCUGAAGCCAAAAUUUUCCGCCCGCGAGCGCGAGUGCUUCACGAUCUUGCACGGCUCGGCUGUGGUUUCUUACACAGCGAAAGAUUUUCGGAACAAAAAUAUGGACUUGCUCGACCCGAGUCUACUGCAGCUGCUGAAAAUGAGUGAAAACACGCUGUUGAAAGAGGCUUUUCAGCUCAACGAGAACGGGACGAUGAGUAACGCCGCGGCAGGAGACGCAACGAAAUCCACGUUCGCUGAACGCGAACAGCAGGCUGGUUCUACGACCGCAUUAGCCUCCAAGAAAGAGCCGAAGCCGUCGUUCAUCGGGGCACAGUUUUCGCGGUCGAUGGAAAAUUUGAUGACGAAAUUGAACCAGGCGCGGGGAUAUGGAUUGUAAAAAUGUCUGGGUCUGGAAGGUUGGGACUUGUAAUGCUAGCGUUCUAUACGCAUACCGAGAAAAUCUGUAUUCCAUAACCAACAAAAGUCGCAGCCUCUUUUGUCAUGCAAAAACGCAGUUUCUCAUGCGGAUUGCCUAUGAGAAAGCGUUUUGGGAGGUUGUCAUGCCGGACUGCAUUCGGAAGUGUUUUCAUCAUGCACAUUUUAGCAUCACAAGUCUCCAGACCUAGACACUUUUGCAUUUGAUAGGGGACACUUCGUGCGCUGCAUCAAGCCGAACCGGCUUAAAAAACCGCUGCUGUUCGAACCAAAAAUGGUUUUGCAGCAGUUACAGUCGUUGUCGAUAUUGGAUAGCAUACAACUCAGGAGAAAAGGCUAUGCUUACCGCACCAGCUUCCGGGAAUUCGUUUCGGAAAAGGAGUUCUUCCCUCUAUUGCUCGUCAGCUGUCAGUCUGUUGGGGAACAACAGAAUCAAGCGGGAGAUAGUACGAAGAGCGGAACAGAAGCAGGCACCACCACUGCCAGUCGAAGUUGUGGCCUCGAUCCAACAAAAAUGGAUGACGCGAUGUGUAAAAAAGCGACCGAAGACAUCGUCGCAUGGCUCUUGAAGUCUGGGCUGGUCGGGGAAGAAAAAGCGGGUAGUUCUUCGGUGGACGAUACGGCGAACAAAAAGAAGCAAAACCCACCAGCCUUCGUGGGGAAGACCAUGGUACUUACUGCAAAGGAGUACACUGUUUUGACAGCGAGCGCAAAGGUUUGGGUUCACUGAUGAAUUUCAUGUUCAGCUUCUGAUGUGCAGUUUUUGAAUCCCAAUGCUCAACAUUCUUCGUUCUUGUUGCUUUAUGUACCUGGUUGGGGUCGCCUCUGCGUCGUUGGUUCUUCAACCCUACCUUGAUCUCACAAAAGGUUUUCUUCACCCGUGCGGCACAGCGGGUUUUGCUGCAACAGAAACGGCUGGCGUUGGAGCAGCUCCGGCCCGCGGCGAACGUGAUUCAGGCCAGUUUGCGGGGCCGGAAAGUGAUCGCGAAAUUCGAAAGCGACGUCGAGAAGGUCCGGCAGAUGCAGGCCUUCAUCCGGAUGCAGCAGGUCCAGAAGCAGAUCAAGCGGGUGCGGCAAUUGAAAUCUCUCUUCCUGUUCACCAGCUGCCUCGGCCGGGCGCAGGAGCGGUUCCGGUUUUACCGCAUUUCCGCGAUCAAAAUCCAGCGGAACGUUCGGGCGUACUUAAAGAAGAUCCGGCGGGCAAAGGAGGUGAUUCUGAACGCGAUUUUGUGUCGGAAAGCAAGGAAGUUGCUGAAGGAAUUGAAGCUCGCCAAAGAGAAAGAAAGGAGAAAAAAGGCGAUGACGAAUUUGAACGUGAUGUGCAAGGUUUUGCACUGCCGGAAGCUAGCCAUCGACGUGAAGAAAAACCGGGCGGCGCUGAUACUCCAGCGAAACUGGAAGCGAUACAAAGCAGUCCUGGCCGCGCGGGAGCUGCGCGUAGUGCAGCAGGCCAAAGCGAUCGCGGGCGUCCAGGGGUACUUCAAAACGCUGUACUGCCGCACGUUGUUGACGCAGUACAAGGCGUCGCGGGCGUUCGAUUCCGCGGGAAAGUUCUUACUGCAGACAAAGUCCAUGAACAGGAAGAUGGAUUACACGAACAGAAACUACCUGACCUACGUGACGCCGCGCGACCACGAAAAGUUCCAACAGAAGUCGAAACAGCACCUGGAAAGCUACUGCCAGAAGGUUUUUGGCGGGAUUGCGUCGUCGAAGCGGGACCUGCAUAAGAACCAAUUUCACUACCAGCACUUUGGAGCUGGAACACCUACGAUAUCAAACAACCCUUCCUCUUCAAGUCACAGCGCGGCCACGUCGCCUAGUCUUGAUACUAACGAGCUUGUUGAGCAGCGAAAACAGAUGCUGAUAUCCUGCAACCAGAACCGGAAGUACAUUUGCACUUCCAUAACCCCAAUUCCCUACUACAAGUACCCGGACGAGACCCAGCUGCUCGUCGACCCGCGGAAACUGAAAGCGAGCUACGAAUAUCGACUGCAAAAAUGUCUGGGUCUGGACGGAUUCAAGAUUUGUCAUGCUUCUCUGGCAACAUGACUGAAAAGUUUGUGAUGCGUGUCCAAUAAGAGACCCUGUUGCCUGUUAUGCAGAACGCAGUUUGUCAUGCGGAAAGCGCAUCAACACUAAGCAGCGCAAAUAUUAAUUUCUCAUGCUUGGCUGUGCAACAUUACAGAGAGUUCACUCCUCACAACUCAGCAUUACAAAUUUCCAGACCCAGACAUAUUUGCAUUUGAUAACGAAGACUCUGCGGAGAAGUGCGGGGUGAAGCGGAACGAAAUUGUCACGGCUAUGUUCGACAAGAGCGAUAUCGUAUUGAAAAACGUCCCCACACCAUAGUUGUAAUGCAAAUCUGCAUGCUCAUGCUGAAAAUGUUUCUCAUGCGGAUCCCCAUGAGAAGCAUUUUCUAGUCGUGUUUUGGAAUUUGCCAUGCUCCAAUCAGCAUGAUGUGUUAGAUCUGUGAUGCUUCUGAGGUAGUUCAAACAGCACUACGCUAUGAGUCCAAAUUUGUUAUGCAAGACAGCCAAAGCUUGUAGAUUUGUCUAGCAGAUUUGCCAUCUUGACUCUGGUGUGGGGACAUUUUUACUCAGGAUAAGCGACAAGUGGCUGUGUGUGGACAGCGGGUACUGGCUGCCCAAAUUUGUCAACGGGGUGAAAGUAUCAAAUGUAAAAAUGUCUGGGUCUGGAAGAAUCCAACUUGUAAUGCUGCAUUUGGAUUCCAAAAAAAUCUGUAUUGCAUGAGUGCCAAAGGGAAUGUAAUUCUUGCUACGCGGAGAGGGCAUUUGUCAUGCGGAAUAGGCAUCAAGAAGCUCUCAAAAAAUCUGUGCUGCUAGGGCAUGCAUCACAGACAUCAGGGUUCAUCCAAAACGUGCAUGACAAGUGUCAGAAUCUUCCAGACCCAGACAUUUUUACAUUUGAUAGAAAGUGCUCGAGAAGCUCGAGGACGAGGCUGAUUUCGCUUUCGGCCACUACCGAGCAGAGGAAGUUCUUCAUCGGCAUAUGCAUACAAAUUAUACCCAGGGUCAACAGAAAAAUGUGCCACUGGAUGCUAGUUGCGCCUCGUGGCACUCGACGAACGCCGUGGUUGGCGCUUUUGGGGGGCCGGGCGACCCCGCUCAACAUCGGAAAAAACAGGAAAUCGCGCCACAUCAUUACGACCAACACCAUCACCACCUCCACCCGCACCACCACCGCCCCGUGAACGCGAUCGGCGCGGGCCGGCACAAGCGACCGGUGCGCGUCACUAAGACGCUGCCCUCGCCCAGGACGAAUUUUGAGUCGGGGUUGCUGGACAACACCUUCAUGUCGGAUAGGAAGAAGCUGUCGCCGGCGAUGAGCUCGGCCAGUACUUUAGAUCUAGAGAACUUAUCCUUAUUUUCAUGCUGUUUUUCGUAUGCAUGAUCGUGCUUCUAUUGCGUAGUAGUCUUGAUGUGCAAUGCCCAUCAUACUUCUUCAACUUCCACCGGAAGGUACGCGCACCCCCCGGUCCGGCAGCGCGCGCGCAAAGGACGAAAAGCGCGGUCGGACGAAACUUCCACAGGGCCAUACCGGUGACGUGAGUCGGUACUCGCCCGCAGCGUACCGGUCACAACGGGUGGUGGUGGAGGAGAAGAUUAAUUCUGGAGCUGCAACUACGGUGACCUUUCCUGGUUCAUCCACGACCGCGGAGGCGGACAAAAAUCCACAAGAGGGCGCUUCAAAGAACCUCGACAGCAAAACCGACGCCGAAAGAGCCACGGAGGGAGCGCCAAGGGAAGUAGGUGAAAAUACGGCACUAGCGAAGAUGAACCAAGGUAGUUCUUUCCUCACUAGGUACACGGACGCGAAACGUCCCGAUUUGUUCGAGAAAGCUGACGUCGUGGGUUUUUCCCCGCGACUCGGCUUCAAAUACGACGAGAAAAUGAAACUGGACUACUGGAAGCAGGAGACCGCCUAUGUUGUGCGCAGUCUGGACAACUGCACAGGCUUUUCAACAACCAAUGCAACUGUAGGGAUCGGCUCAACAGCAGCAGGAGCUGCAUCAGCUGAAGAUGUCACCAACCGCAGCAAGAAGCUGCUGCCCGACGUUUCCCGCGAAAAGGAGUUCCUGUCUCGUACCACCCCGCACAAGCUGCGAAAUUUUGACGUUUUCGAGCCGGAGAGCGCGUUGAACUUCCACAGUGAAAAGAACGUAAAUUUCCGCAGUGAUAUGAUGAAAAGCGGAAUUGCCAGUGUUGGGAACGCGGUUUCGCCGACUAAGACUCUGGUUUCUUCCACAAGCCACAACAUAAAUCUCCUAACCGGCGCCCCGACGGCCGCGGCCGGCACGAUGCGGCUGCGUCUGCAGGGCGGUCCGAAGCCGCGGACUGACGGGCUGCCGAGCAAUGUACCACUCGUGUCGGCCGGAGGGGGAGGUGCUGGGACAGCAUUGUUGAGUGGCUUGGGAACAAGCAGCUAUUCACUCGGAAGGAAAACGCCAGAAAGUCGCGGUUUGGCGAACACAACUACUGCACACCAGCGUCAAAUAAACACCGCGCCGACAACGCCCGGAAGCAACGUAGGGAUCGCUGUGCCGAGUAUGCGCGGCUGCAUCGCGGCCGCAGCGAACGCUGGAGCCUCCAAAAGUGCGACACCUUCGAACGCAACCAAUAAGGGCUUCACUUCUGGUAUUAAACAGAGGACAGUAGGAGCAGCACAAGGGACGAAAGUUUUACUGAACCAGAACACGAGCAGACUGAAAAGUCCGAAAGUUGUUAACGUGCCCAACAACACCCAAGGCGGUAUCAACCAUGACCGUUCACUCCCCGUGUUUUCGCCCUCUGAACAAGGGCUAUUGCAGACGUUGGACGACCUGAAGGCGACGAACGCCGCGAAUUUGAGUAAAGCGAAGUCAGAGAGUGACAUUUUGCUCGGGUACGCACCGGUGGACUCCGGGUAUUUUGAUGUCGCCGGCGGGGCGGGGCAGAAUCAUCAACAUCCGGGAAAUAAACAAUUACAGCAGGAGCAGCAGGAGCAACAUUACGCAACGUUGGCGGCCAACACCACAAUUACCGUGCCAAGCAUACACCAUCUCGCGGGUGGUGGUCGCAGCGCCGCUACUACGCCGACAACCGCCGUGCCAAGUCCGGCUGAGGAAGAAGGCGGCAAUGGAGUGCGAGUCGAAGCAGCCGCGACGGAUAACAACCAUUGCGUCGUGCAGAAAAACAAUCUGCAGGUAGUCGCCGGUGUGAGGAAAACACGACUGAAAUCUCCGGCCGCUCCGGCACCAACCAGCCCCGCUUCCUCCACAGCCGUGUCCUCCCCGGCUGCGAAAGCCAUGCUGAACAAGGCGAGAAAUAAUGUCGGAACUGCGGCACGCAUCAACAACGAGCGGACUAUCGUCUCUAAAAAUGCAGUAGUCACCACAACGACUAAGGCCACUAGCAGUAGCAGCUCAUCUUUGAGCACCGCUAAGCAGGAUCUGUCCUCGAUCCGUGCAGUGGUCGGCGCUCCGCCGCUGUCCGCGCGACGUGUAGGUGCGAAAACGAACGACGGUGGUGGUGUGACUGCUAGAAGAGGUGGCGCAGGUGGAGGAGCCCCGGCGCUGGGAAAGAACGCGAUAAUAUCAACGAAAGGGAACAAUCCGACGGCAUCAAUCGCGGGUCGCCCUCAAAAGAUCGGAACAACUGCGGUAACGAGUUCAUCCUAUGUCGGUGCGCAUGCGUCUUCAAGCACAGCAGGUCAUGGUCCGUUGCACAAUAAACAACGAGCUGCACCAGGGAGUGCAAAUGCAAAAGCAGGCCCAGGCACGGAAGGAACUUUCUCUGGAAAUACGCGCGCGAAAACGAAGCUUGUUGGUACGAGCAGCCCUCGAAGAACCGGCGCUGUCGUGCCCACGAGAGGAGCGUCCGGCACAGCAAAAUCAACUGCCGCUGUUGCGGCGUUAAGAAGCGAAGCCACACGACUAGCACCACCCGUCCGACCCGAAAAGAAAGCUGUAGCUUCCAGAAGUCCGACCAGAAACGGGAUCAACAAACAGCGAACUGUGACAAAAGACGCGAACCAGCUGAGCAAUGUAGCAGGCGUUAGCCGUCGACCGCCAGAAACGCAACCGAUUACAGGUUCGCGCGGAGUUAUGGGUGCCAAGGCUCCAAAGAAGGCAGCCGCACCUACUUCAUUGAAUAAAGCAAGCUUGAAUGGGGAAAAACCGAAGAAAAUAACCACAGAGGAGGGCUUUGCCACGGACACAGCCAGAAUUUCAGCAUCGCACCGCACGAAAAACAAGCCGGCAGUGCCCAGUUUCCGGCCGUCGAGUAGAGCAACAGAAACAACGUCAAGUACAACAGUCGAAACCAAUAAAACGACCACGUCUAGUACUUUGAGGCGCCGUGGCAAUGUUCCGUUUUCUUCUUCUUCCUCCACUAGGAAUCUUUCUGCCAAGAAAUCCCCGCGCCAGCCGCACCCACAAUUCGUCGAACUCGAAGCUCCGCCCGCUGUGCCGAAUGAGCGAGUGCUUGAGCAGGUUGAGUUUUUGCCCGCGGCGGUGCCGCCAGAUGAGGAAGGAGAUCCCCACGAGAACCCGUUGCAGGAACGGAAAUUUGUAGCACAAGAUCCGGAAGAACAUCAGGCGCAAACUGAUCCCAACAUCAACGAAGUAGACGACAGGAUGCUUUCCGCAAACGAAAAGUCGUUCUCCCUGCUGAGCCUGAGCAAAGAGAACAUCACGCUGGAGCAGUCGCAUCUGCAACAGGAAGAUGAGCCGGAUGAUUCGCAGCUGCAGGAGCUGUUGCAGGACGAUUUGAUGCGCAAUAUCGAGGACAGAAUCCAGCAACUCGACCCGGACGAGGAGGACACGCCGCGGCCUUUCAUGGCGGUUGAGGAAAAGAUUGGCGAGGAGGUGGAUGUGGAAAAAAUUGUUGUUCCAACAGACCAGUCUGUUGAGGAACAUAAUCAAAACGUAAACAGAGACGUCCUUCUCAGCAGCCGGCUGUCGACGUCGCGGGAAUCGGCGAUGCUCUCCUUCCGGCAAAGCAGCACCUCGGUGCAUCCGCCCGACCGGGGCCGGGAAACAGACAACAGUGACAGCGACAACAGCGACAAUCAGGUUGACUAGAAGGCACUGGAUAGGUAGUUUCACGAGCCGGUCCUGUUGUUCUGCAGAAGUUUUGACUUAUCGCGAGGAAUCUGGAGGGAGUUACCAGAUUUUUCUUGAUUUGAUGCGAUUUACGAUUUCAGUACUUAGCUCACCCGAAUGCCACAAACCCAUACUCUGAACGAUUGAAACAGCAUUAUUCUUUAUCGUACCCGCACAGACUACUACCAGUAAGCGAAAACCAUGGAGUUUUCGAUGUUUCCACUUUCUCACUCUACCACACCUAACGAAGAAAAAUGAACGCCGUGCGCCUUUAGAAUAAAGAUAAACCAGAUGGAAUUUGAGAUAGAAGGACUUCUACUAGUGUGCCUGUGCUUUGUACUAUUUUCAAAAAAUGCCGCACAUACAACUACAUUACGGAUAGAUACCACGGGAAGUCGUAGGAAAGUAAUGUGUCCACGACAGUCCCCGCUCCUAGACUACUGAAGAACGUUUUUGCAAGAUAGAACCCAUCAUUGAUAAACAUUUUUCACCUACAAAUAUCAAAAACAAUGAGAACAAUGGAGAACAACAGCUGGGCAUCUCAAUCUCUCGGAUGGAGCAGUAAGUAGAAUCAAACUAGAGCAACCAAGCGACGUAUCAAAAUGAAAUGAAAACCACCUUCAUCACUUCUUACUAAGGGUGGUAGAUCUCGGUUUUGAAGAAACAACUCAUCCGCGCCAAGAAGACGAGCUGGAUGAGAAUAGCGUGUAUUUUGCCUCCACGGUUUUGCUUUGCCUUUGCGUACGUGUCCGAAAUGAAUACGCCGUCGACGUAUCUCAGCAGCACUGAAC